GCAUAAUAUAGAUUAUGAUUGUAUUAUAAUUUUAUAGUUUAGUAAAUUUAUAUAAAAAAAUAUGUAUAAUUAUUUAAAUUAAUGAAUAUUGUAAAACUUAUUAUAGUAUAUAGAAGAUAAAAGCAAAUACAUUAAAGUAUAUUGUUUUUAGUGAUUUUUUAUAAUAAAAAAUGAAUAAUAUUUUUGGACUAGAAAAUGUAUUAUAUCCUUCUAGAAUAAGGUCAAAAGUGAAAGCUUGUGACGUUAACUAUGUACUUUAUACCUGUUGAAUGCAAAACUGAUGUUGAGAGAAAACAAAUUUUUUGGGUGUGUGCAAUACAAAAAUGUUUACGAAUAAAAUUGUAUUUACCUUAUUGAGAAAUGGAAAUAUAACCAGAGCAAUUUUAUGCAGUGAUCAUAAUGUAUAUUGUGAAAAACAAAAAAAUGUGCAUAUUUCUGUACAAAACAAAUUCCAUUUACAUAAAUUAAAUAAAGUUGAAGCAAAACUUACAGGAAGUCAAAAGCCAGAUUGGAAUAGAGCUGUUUCAGAAGCAGAAAAAAUUGUUGGAUACCCAACAUCAUUUUUAAGUCUACGAUGGCUUUUAAGUGAUGAAAUAGCAAAUGUAGCUUUACAUUUAAGGAAGUUAGUAGGAUCUAAUCAUCCUUUAUUAAAAACAGCUAAAAGUAUUAUUUAUAAUGGACGUAAUAACAUGCAAGCAUGGGGUCUUAUUGUACUAUUAAUUUCAAAAGCUGCUGGUCAUUUAGGUGUAGAUGAUAUAGAAGAAGAUAAAGCAGCAGGUGUUCUUCAUAGUCAACGAGCUUUAGCAGAAGUAACUGAAAUGAUACGUACUAGUCAUCUUGUUCAUAAAGGAUUAGUAAAUAUAGGAUCUGAUGUUUAUUUAGAAACAUCUGAGUUAAAUGAUAUGAAUUUUGGUAAUAAAAUUGCAUUGUUAAGUGGAGAUUAUUUAUUAGCAAACUCUUGUGCUGAAUUAGCAAAUCUUCGCAAUCAAGAUAUUGUAGAAUUAAUGUCAAGUGCUGUAAGAGAUUUAGCAGAGGCAGAAUUUGUAGGCCGCAGAGAUAACCAAAAUAAUCCUUUACCUUCUAUACCAUCUGAAAAUCGUAAAGAUUAUGCAGUAAAAGAAUGGACUCUUAGAAAUGUUUUAAGUGCUGGUGCUUUACUAGGAAAAUCUUGUAAAGGUACAUUAAAAUUAGCAGGACAUAGCAAUGAAAUACAAGAACAAGGUUACAAUUUUGGAAAACAUUUAGCAUUAGCUUGGCAAGCUUGUUUAGAUUUAGGUCCAUUUAAUACAAAAGAUCAAAAUAUAACUUUUAGUCUGUGUUCUGCACCAAUUAUGUUUCAUAUUGAACAUGAUCCAUCAAUUUUGAUGGAAAUUGAUAAAGGUUUAGAAUGUGUAAAUAAUGUAGAUUAUGCUAAGAUUCAUAAAAUUGUUACGAAUGGUCCUGGAGUUGAAUUGACAAAACAAUUACAAAAAAGACAUUCACAAAAAGCAAUGGAAGUUUUAAGUGUAUUUGAAAAAAAUGAUGCAAGAACAGCAUUAUAUAAUAUUAUAGCAGCCAUGGGAGAUUUCUAAAUAACAGUAUCAAUUAAAUAUUAAUAUAUUUUAUAUAAUGGCCCAAAAAUCAGUUUAAGGACUCCGUCCUAUGUUAAGUUUUCGGUUUCAAAACAUAUAAACAUAUAAUAUUUAUAUUUUGUCUGUAUUUUAAAUAGAAUAUUAAGAAAAUUUAAACUUUAAUAAUUAAGAUAAGACGAAAUAUUUAUGAUUGUGUAUAUUAUAUAACAAGAUAUUAUAUAUUUUAUAAUAAAUAAUAUUUA